GCAGCAAGCGUUGCGAAGACGUAAAGAUUAGAGUAGUGUUGAUAUUCUCCAGUCGACUUUUCGCACGUGUUCGUGACAUUCGUGUUCGAAUCACAGAGCAGAAAUAGAAAGGAAAAAAGGAGCAUGCAUCACGUCCUGUCAGUUUUUUGACGAAACAUUCGGAUCAUCACAGAUAAGUGCACUCGAGAAUCUCGUUUAAGAAUAACAGUGAACAUUUAUUCAAUAUGGGACGUACAGUGACCGUCGCCGUGUGCACGUUAAACCAAUGGGCGAUGGAUUUCGAUGGGAAUACCAGGAGAAUUUUGCAGAGUAUACAAGAGGCGAAGGAUGCUGGUGCCACUUACAGGAGCGGUCCCGAGCUAGAAAUUUGUGGUUACAGCUGCGAAGAUCAUUUCUAUGAAUCAGACACAUUACUCCAUAGCUGGGAAGUUUUAGCGACCCUUCUAAAAUCUAGUGUUUGCGAGGAUAUAUUGAUAGACGUAGGUAUGCCGGUGAUGCACAAGAACGUGACAUAUAACUGCAGAGUAGCCUUUCUGAAUCGACGGAUUUUACUGAUCAGGCCGAAAAUGCGGCUCUGCGAGGACGGCAAUUACAGGGAAACCAGAUGGUUCUCUUCUUGGACCAAAGAACGUACGGUCGAGGAUUAUUUUCUACCACGAAUGAUAUCACAACUCACCAGUCAGACCGUAGUGCCGUUUGGUGAUGCGGUCAUCGCGACGAGGGAUACCUGCGUAGGUUUCGAAAUAUGUGAGGAACUUUGGCAUCCAGUCAGUAAUCAUAUUCCGAUGUCAUUAGAUGGCGUGGAAAUUAUCGCGAAUGGAAGCGGUUCAUAUUUUGAGCUACGUAAAGCUUACAUCACCGUGGAUCUCGUUAAGUCAGCUACUUUCAAGGCUGGCGGCUGCUACAUGUUCAGUAAUUUGCGCGGAUGUGACGGUGGCAGAUUAUACUUCAAUGGUGGUUCCAGCAUCACGCUCAAUGGCAACAUAUUAAAUCGCGGACGACAAUUCGCUCUUGAGGACGUGGAAGUGACCAUCGCCACAUUCGAUCUCGAGGAUAUAAGGAAUUAUCGAAAUAGCAUCAGAUCGCGAUCGCACGCGGCUGCUACGUCACCUAGUUAUCCGCGUGUGAAAAUCGAUUUUGCGCUCACGCCACAAAAUCUUGUCUCAAAUCCACCAGAUCGACCACUUGACGGAGUCCAGGAUGUAUAUGGCGAUAAUGAGCAUUCGAGUUUCAUGUAUCACACUCCGGAAGAAGAAAUCGCGAUGGCACCCGCGUGCUGGCUGUGGGAUUAUCUGAGACGAUCUUGCCAAGGUGGAUUUUUCUUACCACUGAGCGGUGGCGUCGACUCUGCGUCUUCAGCAUGUGUCGUAUACUCGAUGUGCGAAAUGAUCGUCGAAUCAGUUGGUAGAGGAGAUACACAAGUCUUGGCGGAUAUCAGAAAAAUCGUCGGCGACUGUGAAUACGUACCGGUAGAUCCGAAGCAAUUGUGCAACACUAUUCUCGUCACGUGCUAUAUGGGAACGGAAAACUCAUCGACAGAGACCAAGGUUCGAGCGGCUGAGUUAGCCAAUCAAAUAGGGUCAUAUCAUCAUGGGAUAAUCAUAGAUACUGCGAUAUCUGCGAUUUUAGGAAUCUUCCAACAGGUAACUAAAUUGACACCGAGAUUCAGAGUGCAAGGUGGAUCGCCUAGGGAGAAUCUGGCCUUGCAAAAUGUACAGGCUCGGUUACGGAUGGUGAUUGCUUACUUAUUCGCUCAAUUAAUGUUAUGGGUCAGAGGUCGCCCGGGUGGCCUCUUAGUGUUAGGGAGCGGCAACGUGGACGAAGCGUUACGUGGUUACCUCACUAAGUAUGAUUGCAGCAGCGCCGACAUCAAUCCUAUAGGUGGCAUAGCGAAGAACGAUUUAAAGAAAUUCCUUUUAUAUUUUAGACGUAAACAUGGAAUAUCCGCUUUGGAUAAUAUCCUGGAUGCGCCACCCACCGCGGAAUUGGAACCAUUGCAAGCGGGACAGCUUGCACAAUUAGAUGAAGUGGAUAUGGGAAUGACCUACAAGGAACUUUCAGUUUUUGGACGGUUAAGAAAACAAAGUAAGGCCGGACCUUUUACAAUGUUUUGCAGACUCGUGCAUAUGUGGGAUCAUUGUACCCCGAAAGAAAUUGCUGAUAAAGUGAAACACUUCUACAGAUGUUACGCUAUAAAUCGUCAUAAAAUGACGAUAUUGACUCCAGCCUGUCACGCAGAGUCGUACAGCCCCGAUGACAAUCGAUUCGAUCACCGUCCCUUCCUCUAUAAUCACUCAUGGAAGUGGCAGUUUGCGGCGAUCGACGAACAGGUGAAACGACUCAGUAACGAAGAGAAGCCAUCUACAUCGCGUAAGGGUGCUGCUCUGCGGACUCCCAGAUACAUGACAUUCAGCUCCGUAAUCAGCAAUAAAACGCAUCCUGGAGUAGUAGUUUAG